GUCAGUUUGUCAAUUCCUGAUUUGUUUACUUUUUGCGCUGUUUAGAUUCCGAGUCGAUAGUGUUUAUUUUAUUAUUAUUUAUUUUGAGUGUUUACUGUAGAAACUGCUUACUAAAUAUUUUCAGACAUUUAUGUCUAAAAAUAAAUUUUAUCCAAUGAUGCAAGACAUCUAUGAGUGGUUAUCAAAACCUCCUAAUUAUACAACUUUUAGAAUUAAUAGAUUGAAAAACUUCGACUGUCAGGAACUGAAAAAUAUUCUUCUAACUCAAAGUACAAAAUUGAAUACGCAUGAAAUCCCUAAUGUCUAUCUCCUGAGGCCUGACUGUUUAAUACUUGAGCAAUGGUCUAAUGAUAUAAAUUUUGAAAAAACAGAAAAAGAAGUAAUUGUUGAUGUUUCUUGUGCAGCUGCAGUCUUGAGAGGUGCACAUGUUUUUGCUCCUGGAGUUAUGGGUCUUCCUGCAAAUCUCCAUAUUGAUGAAAGAGUAGAUAUUUAUGGAGACAUGGAUGGUCAAUGCAAACGAGGUUUAAAAAUUACAUAUGAUCAUAAAAAGAUGUAUGUCGGAACAGGAUAUCUAAAAAUGUUACGAAGUGAUUUAUAUGACAAGGGUGUUCACCCCAGUGGCAUAGCUGUUGAGACAUUGCUUCCAGUAUCAAGACUUCCUGUUAUCAAUGAAUCUUUUUUUAAUAAAGGCGAGAUCUUAUUACAAAAUUUGCCAUCAAUUGUCUGUGGUUGGGUCGUUAAUGCGCAGCCUAAUGAAUGUAUCCUGGAUAUGUGUGCAGCUCCUGGUAACAAAACCACACAUCUAGCAGAAAUGUCUAAUAAUCAAGCUUUUAUUAUUGCUAUAGAUAAAACUACACAGAAAGUUGAUAGAAUCAGAGAAAAGUGCGAAAGUCAUGGUAUAACAUGUGUACAUGCUUAUGCCUUUGAUUCAACUAAAUGUUACAACAUAGAAAGUAAGGGCAUGCAAAAUGGUCCACCAUAUCCAUCUAAUUGUUUCGAUAAAAUACUUUUGGAUGCACCUUGCAGUGGACUAGGACAAAGGCCUCAAUUAGUUAAUAACAUUACUCCAAAAAUGCUUCAAUCAUACAAAUUUGUACAAAGGAAAUUGAUAACAGCUGCCGUAGAACUUUUAAAAGUGGGUGGAACUCUGAUAUAUAGCACUUGUACUGUAACAGAAGACGAAAAUGAACGCAUGGUAGCAUGGACACUUGAAAACUUUCAAUGUUUGAAUUUGGUCCCUACUGAACCACUUCUCGGUGGACCUGGUUUACCGAACUGCGGACUCAACGACGACCAGAGAUCGAUGAUACAACGAUUCAGUCCAAGAGAUGAUUCGCUAAGACCUGUGGAACAAAUUUAUAAAGAUACCAUUGGCUUUUUCGUAGCUAAAUUUAUAAAAGUGAAAUAAAUAAUAACUAAUCGUUCUUUGUUAAUUCACUAUACGUCACUGCCCCUAGAACCUGUACCUACAUGGAAUUAAAUGUGCCGUCCAUAAGUUAAAUAUAAAUAUGCCACAAAGACGGAUCUUAGAUAGCUCAGUGAGGGGCAUUGUCAACUGUCGACGUCGUAGUCAGGACUUAACGUACUC